GGUCUUUUAUCUGUGUCUGUGUCGUCCCUCUUCUUUCUCGUAAGAGCAAAGGAGGUUGGGAAGGUCACUUCGUGAUUCAUGCAAAGCAAUUAAAGCGAUUAAAAGUGAGAGAGAAUUUAAUUCCUUCCCACUCCUAAACAUGAAGUAGCAUGAGGGGGCCAAACUUUAUAAGAGGCAAGUUUCCCCUUUUUGUCCCCUCUACUGUUACUUUUAUGUCCUCUUAAUCAUUCUCUUCUUUUUCUCGCUACCUCUCUCUCUAUUUCCAUUUUUUAUAGCUCCAGAUCCAGAGAGUAGUGGAAUGUGUGAUAUUUAGAAGAUCACGAGAAAAUGACUCAGUGCAAUGACUCAGAAAAUAGUCACAGCAACAUCAUCGUGGAGAAACGCGAAGACAGCUUAAUUACAACAUGCCCUUCCUGUGGACAUCAUAUCAGAUGCCACGAACAGGCUGGGAUCCAUGACUUGCCUGGACUGCCUGCUGGAGUGAAGUUUGAUCCAACAGAUCAAGAGAUUCUUGAACAUUUGGAAGCCAAAGUUCGACCUGAUAUUCAUAAGCUUCAUCCAUUAAUUGAUGAGUUCAUCCCGACUCUUGAAGGCGAGAAUGGAAUCUGCUAUACUCAUCCUGAGAAGCUACCAGGAGUAAGCAAAGAUGGUCUGGUCCGCCAUUUCUUUCACAGGCCAUCGAAAGCAUACACGACAGGAACAAGGAAAAGGAGGAAGGUACAUACUGAUGACGUGGACGGCAGCGAGACACGUUGGCACAAGACAGGCAAGACGAGGCCAGUGUAUCUGAGCGGGAAGCUAAUAGGGUACAAGAAGAUUCUGGUGCUUUACACAAACUAUGGGAAGCAAAGGAAGCCCGAGAAGACAAACUGGGUGAUGCACCAGUACCACCUGGGUUACAACGAAGAGGAGAAAGAAGGAGAGUUAGUGGUGUCCAAGGUUUUCUAUCAAACACAACCCAGGCAAUGUGGUUCCAUGCUCAUGAAAGAUCAGCCAGUCACUCCUUCAAAACUCAAAGCCCAGGCCAUGUACGAGGCUGCCAAUAAUCAUCACAAGGGCAGUAAUAAUGGGUUUGUUGAGUUCUACGGUUCUUCUUUCUUGUCCUUUGACCAAGGGAACCAACACAGGUCUAGCAAUUCUCAAGUGAUCUCCCAUUUUCCUGUCCAGGAUGGUUCUUCUUUCAAUAUUCCCUGACCUUGAAGUAGUACUGGAAGUCGCAGCUGGGAAAUGUGUGAAACAUAUAUAGGGGAUCAUAUUUUCACAUAUGAUACGACAGUAUUACAAUAUUAUUAUGCAUAGAGAGAAGGAGGAAAUAAGUUAAUAACCAAAAGUCUAGUUAAUUAGGAGGGGAAAAGGUGGACAAGAAUAAAGAAAGAGAUGUUGCUUCAUCUGAUCAGGAAAAAUGAGAAGUCAGCGUGAGGAGGAGGAGGAAGAGGAAGAGAAUCCAGAUGUUGCCGUGACCUUUUUUGGUUGAUGUUAAUUUUUUUUCUUUUGAAGAUGUCGUCUGCAUCAUGAUUUGUACAGUGUCAGAGAAACAUAAAGUGUGGGUAAACUGAAAAGUGAAAACUAACUAGCAAGCUGUACAAACAUGACUUUUUACUCUGAGCAGUAAUAUGCAUGUUCCUUUUUAAUUGGAAGUUUGAAUUGAUAUAUACAUGUCAUAUUUAUCAGCUAGAAAAUCCAAUAAUGUAUGCUGUACACAAAUUAUAUUAUGAAGAUUUUGGCUUAAGGCUGCAACUUCAA